GAAAUCGCUCAAGCCAUUAUCGAGAAGAAGGCACAAUACUGCCGCUUCGCCGACUCACAGAAAUGGGACCUCUUCGACAAGGUUGUGCUUCCAGAUUUUAGGUUCGAGUUCAUCGACAACGGGGUUGUUCCGAAAGAAGCGGUUUUCCCUCUCUUCCAGUCGAGAGAGGCGUGUGUGGCACACUUUAGCAAGCUAUUGGCAGUCAAGCAGGCUCACCACCUGGUCGGGUCCCCCGAGCUCGAGCAGGUUUCUUCUGACGAGGUGAAGGCGGUGUUCCCUAUCCACUACUACAUUGCCGACAAGGGUCCCAUCCCGAAGCCAGAGUCUCGUAUCACCGGAGGAGCCCAUUACCAUGAGGUUUUCAAGCGGGUGGGCGAUGAAUGGUUUUUGGCGGAUCUGAAGGUUGUACAUACUUUC